CUUCUUCUAGGGUUUACGCCGUUCGCAGGUUUCAGAGGUACCCAGCAAACUCGAAGAGCAGCCUGCGCAAAUGGCUCCGAAAAGAGGUGUCAAAGCUCCAGUCGCAGCGAAGAAGAAGACGGAGAAAGUGGUGAACCCACUGUUCGAGAAACGUCCCAAGCAGUUUGGGAUUGGAGGGGCAUUGCCUCCAAAGAGAGAUCUUACCCGUUUCGUGAAAUGGCCCAAGGUUGUUCAAGUUCAGAGGAAGAAAAGGAUCCUGAAGCAGAGGUUGAAGGUUCCACCAGCUUUGAACCAAUUCACCAAGACCCUCGACAAGAACCUGGCUACCAGUCUGUUCAAGAUGCUUCUCAAGUAUAGGCCAGAAGACAAAGCAGCAAAGAAGGAGCGCCUUUUGAAAAGGGCACAAGCAGAGUCUGAGGGAAAAACUGUUGAAGCCAAAAAACCUAUUGUUGUGAAAUAUGGUCUCAACCAUGUCACCUACCUCAUUGAGCAGAACAAAGCCCAGCUUGUUGUUAUCGCACAUGAUGUUGACCCAAUAGAGUUGGUGGUUUGGCUGCCUGCAUUAUGUAGGAAGAUGGAAAUCCCAUAUUGCAUAGUGAAGGGCAAAGCGCGCUUGGGAUCGAUUGUCCAUAAGAAAACUGCAUCAGUUUUGUGCUUGACAACAGUCAAGAAUGAAGAUAAAUUGGAGUUCAGCAAGGUGCUAGAGGCAAUCAAGGCCAACUUCAAUGACAAGUAUGAUGAGUACAGGAAAAAGUGGGGUGGCGGCAUCAUGGGUUCCAAAUCCCAGGCCAAAACUAGGGCGAAAGAGAGGCUCCUUGCAAAAGAAGCUGCUCAAAGGAUGAAUUAAAUUUUGGUUGAUCUUGAAUUUCUUUUUCACUUAGGAUAAGAUUGUCCUAGUCUGGUUCUAGAAUUGUGAUUGUUCAAGUUUAUUUAGAUCAACAGCAGAGGUUUUGUUUCCUGAGGAUGCGUCUGAGGUUAAAGCUGCAAUGUUGUUUAGCUGUUUGGGUUAGACUUAUUCAUGGACAUGCCCUUUUUGUUACGGCUGUUGGGCUUUCUAAUGAUUAUCAUUUAUUUGACAUUUCAUGAUUACAAUUUCUGUGCGAUGAUAUUUCUUGUA